AGUUACCCAAAUUAGUGGGCUCCUCCUCAAGCCCGCAAGUCUGGCCCUACUAACAGUCACCCGCAAUCGGCCUACGCCUAGGACCCCGGAGGGCAGAGCCCACCACCUCCUCUGCCCCCACCUCCGGGCGCGUCCGGAAAGUCACGAACACCUCUGCUUUCUUUUCUUCUAAGCAAACGCAGGUUCGGCUAUUUCCGUCCCUGGUCUUCGGCAAGUUCCGCCCUUGCCGGUCGGAAAUGGCCGCCGGCCGGCAGGGGGAGCGGAGGAUUCGGCGCGGCCUGGGAGGCGCGCAGCCGGCAGCCAGAGCGGCUUGUGGGAAGCGGAGUUUUGGGCAGGAGACGGCGAUGGCUCGUCUCUGACUGGAAGCUGCCAGGAGAGCAAGCUCUGGUGUCAAUGACUACAAGAACUCGUAUGUUGAAGCACAAUGCUACUACAUAAGGCAGAGAGAGGAAGAAUGCUGCCCAGUAAGGCCUGACUGUCGGUAGUGACAUGGAGGACGGGGCUGGCAUCUCAAGCUGCCAGCUGUUUUCACCAGCCACUGUUUAACUUGAACAGAAGCGAUGCAUUCUGGCUGGUCAACACGGCCAAGGAACAAAAGCUAUGGCAGUUAAAACGGUCCCUCCGAGCCCAGGGCCCUGUCCCUGGAUUUUAACGCCAUGGAUCUCUUCCCUGUCGUCCCAUCAGCAAUGUGGUACCUUCUUCUAUUUGAGGACAACAGCCAAUACUUAGGAGCUGCCUGACUAGGGUUAGAGACCUUCCGAGUCACGGCUGAGGAAAAUGAAAUUUCCGUUUUAUUUGGUGCCUUGCGCGGGGCACACACAGACUCUUGCAGAAACUUGUGUGUGAAGAAGAGGUUGAGUUUCGUCACACACACUUAUGGUUAUGGCGUGUGAUCCGACGUGAUCAGAGUGGGCCAGAGCCACAGAGAACUCAUGACAGGCUAUACCAUGUUGCGGAAUGGGGGAGUGGGGAACGGCGGUCAGACCUGUAUGCUGCGCUGGUCCAACCGCAUCCGGCUGACGUGGCUGAGUUUCACACUCUUCAUCAUCCUGGUCUUCUUCCCCCUCAUCGCUCACUAUUACCUCACCACUCUGGAUGAGGCAGAUGAAGCCGGCAAACGCAUCUUCGGCCCUCGGGCUGGCAACGAGCUCUGCGAGGUAAAGCAUGUUCUAGAUCUCUGUCGGAUUCGUGAGUCCGUGAGCGAAGAGCUUCUGCAGCUCGAAGCCAAGCGGCAGGAGCUCAACAGCGAAAUCGCCAAGCUCAAUCUCAAGAUUGAAGCCUGUAAGAAGAGCAUAGAGAACGCCAAGCAGGACCUGCUGCAGCUCAAGAACGUCAUUAGCCAGACCGAGCACUCCUACAAGGAGCUGAUGGCCCAGAACCAGCCCAAACUGUCCCUGCCCAUCCGACUGCUCCCCGAGAAGGAUGAUGCUGGCCUGCCGCCCCCCAAGGUCACUCGGGGUUGCCGGCUGCACAACUGCUUUGAUUACUCUCGCUGCCCUCUGACCUCUGGCUUUCCCGUCUAUGUCUACGACAGCGACCAGUUUGCCUUUGGGAGCUACCUGGACCCUUUGGUCAAGCAGGCUUUUCAGGCUACGGCGAGAGCUAAUGUUUAUGUUACAGAAAACGCAGCGAUUGCCUGCCUGUAUGUGGUGUUAGUGGGAGAAAUGCAGGAGCCGGCUGUGCUGCGGCCCGCUGACCUUGAGAAGCAGUUGUAUUCUCUGCCACACUGGAGGACAGAUGGGCACAACCAUGUCAUCAUCAACCUGUCCCGGAAGUCGGACACACAGAAUUUACUGUACAACGUCAGUACAGGCCGGGCCAUGGUGGCCCAGUCCACAUUCUAUGCCGCCCAGUACAGGCCUGGCUUCGAUUUGGUAGUGUCACCACUUGUCCAUGCCAUGUCUGAACCCAACUUCAUGGAGAUCCCCCCGCAGGUGCCAGUUAAGCGGAAGUAUCUCUUUACUUUCCAGGGUGAGAAGAUUGAGUCCCUGAGGUCGAGCCUUCAGGAGGCCCGUUCCUUUGAGGAGGAAAUGGAAGGUGACCCUCCAGCUGACUAUGAUGACCGGAUCAUUGCCACCCUGAAGGCCGUGCAGGACAGCAAGUUAGAUCAGGUGCUGGUAGAAUUUACCUGCAAAAACCAGCCGCGGCCCAGUCUGCCGACUGAGUGGGCGCUCUGUGGGGAGCGGGAAGACCGCCUAGAGUUGCUGAAGCUCUCCACCUUUGCCCUCAUCAUCACCCCCGGGGACCCGCACUUGGUUAUUUCAUCUGGGUGUGCCACACGGCUCUUUGAAGCCCUGGAAGCGGGAGCCGUGCCUGUUGUACUGGGGGAGCAGGUACAGCUCCCAUACCAUGACAUGCUGCAGUGGAACGAGGCCGCCCUGGUGGUGCCCAAGCCGCGUGUUACGGAGGUUCACUUCCUGUUACGGAGUCUUUCAGACAGUGAUCUGUUGGCUAUGAGGCGGCAAGGCCGCUUUCUCUGGGAGACCUACUUCUCCACUGCUGACAGUAUUUUUAAUACCGUGCUGGCCAUGAUUAGGACUCGCAUCCAGAUCCCAGCUGCUCCCAUCCGGGAAGAGGUAGCAGCUGAGAUCCCCCAUCGUUCAGGAAAAGCAGCAGGAACUGACCCCAACAUGGCUGACAAUGGGGACCUGGACCUGGGGCCGGUAGAGACAGAACCACCCUAUGCCUCACCUAAAUACCUCCGCAACUUUACUCUGACCGUCACAGACUGUUACCGUAGCUGGAACUCUGCUCCCGGGCCUUUCCACCUUUUCCCCCACACACCCUUUGACCCUGUGCUGCCCUCUGAGGCCAAAUUCCUGGGCUCAGGGACUGGAUUUCGGCCCAUUGGUGGUGGGGCUGGGGGCUCUGGCAAGGAGUUCCAGGCAGCACUUGGAGGCAAUGUCCAGCGGGAGCAGUUCACUGUUGUGAUGCUGACCUACGAGCGGGAGGAAGUGCUCAUGAACUCGCUGGAGAGACUCAACGGCCUCCCCUACCUGAACAAGGUAGUGGUGGUGUGGAACUCUCCCAAGCUGCCCUCGGAGGACCUUUUGUGGCCAGACAUUGGUGUCCCCAUCAUGGUCGUCCGUACUGAGAAGAACAGUUUGAACAAUCGAUUCUUGCCCUGGAAGGAGAUUGAGACAGAGGCCAUACUGUCUAUCGACGAUGACGCUCACCUCCGCCACGAUGAAAUCAUGUUUGGGUUUCGGGUGUGGAGAGAGGCACGUGAUCGUAUUGUGGGUUUCCCCGGCCGGUACCAUGCGUGGGACAUCCCUCACCAAUCCUGGCUCUACAACUCCAACUACUCCUGUGAGCUGUCCAUGGUGCUGACAGGUGCUGCCUUCUUUCACAAGUAUUAUGCCUACCUGUAUUCUUACGUGAUGCCCCAGGCCAUCCGAGACAUGGUGGACGAGUACAUCAACUGCGAGGAUAUCGCUAUGAACUUCCUUGUCUCCCACAUCACACGGAAGCCCCCCAUCAAGGUAGGCCCCGGUAUCUGUGGGAGGGUGUGUGCAUGUACUGUACACUUCAUUCUUGUGUUUGUCUCAAUGAAGCUUGUGAUGGUGCCACACCCCAGAGACUUUCUUCUCAUGUGCACAAGGACACCCUUACAUAAAUGAUGUCAGGACUGUAAG